UCGUACGUGGACUAUCGGUUGUGUCAUUGCUUCAAAAUGAAACACAAGAUCCAGUCAUACGGGUCAGAAGAUGAGCCGUAUUGCAAAAUUCCACGAAUAGGAGAAAAUAACAUUUUUGAGGAUUCUUUGUCGGUUUUGAUUUUAAAACACCAACAUACGAAAAAACGAAAACAUCAAACGCAGAACGUGGCUGAUGAUGACAUUAUUGUUGAUAUGGAAGCUAAGAAACGAAGGAUAUUCAAGAUGGAAAUGUACUCAGAAGUUCAACACAAAACGAACAGUGAUGGUGUUGUAAAUGAGGAAAUGGAUUCUGAUUAUACAUGUGGACAUUCAACAGACUGCAAAACUGAAAAGUUAGAAUUUUCUUGCUACAAUUUCUGGAGAUCACCCUUACCAGCUGUUGAUUUGUGUGAAUUUGGAUGACUUAUUUUUGUUCAUUGAAUCUGAUGUAUAUUACCAUGUGUACAACGUAUGGAUCUUUCCAUCUAUUUUAAAAUGCACAAAAUUAAGAACAUUUUGACAAACUUAAGAAUCAAAAUCGUUCAUAGCAGACAUGCUCCACAUGUACUUCUCAGACUUAUACUGUAUGUUGACACAACAAAGUCAAAACAUAAGACUAAUUUACGAACACUGGUACCUGCUACUGCAGAGUACAAGAUGUAUUACACUAAAUAGUAGGUAAUUGAGGUACUAGCAUAAAUGAUAUCAUCUUUUUGCAUAUUAUAAUUAUGUAGAACUGGGGAAAUUACAUGGCAGAUGUAUAAAGUGAAGCUUCAAUUUUUCCUACAAGUGGACGUUAUAUUUCUUGUUGGGGACUUCUUUGCCAUCACUGCUUUUCAUUAAAAAGUUAUGUUUUUGAU